AUGCUUCUCCGCUCUCUCCCUAGAGUCGGACAACAGACCUCGAGCAGCUCUGCUUACCUAUCCGCUCCUCGAAGAACAGCAAAUAUAACACGACCGUUCCAUGUCACUGCUCGCUCAGCUGCCGCAGUUUUUGAAUCUAGUCAGCAGCGCCAGUACGCCGCCACCCCUUCCAGCACAAACAACCAAUCUCGAGCAGCUCACGCAAUCGCAAAUCCUACAUUGGCCGGCAUCGAGAAGAGAUGGGAAGCGAUGCCACCACAAGAUCAGGCGGCGUUAUGGAUGCAACUGAGAGAUCGGAUGAAGGUUGAUUGGCAUGAAAUGACUAUACAGGAGAAGAAGGCCGCUUGGUGGAUUGCAUUCGGUCCUCAUGGUCCGCGCGCCGAGACUCCUCCAGGAGAAUGGGGUAGAGUCUUCCUCUAUACGGGUAUCGGUGUUGCUGUCUCCAUUGUUAUAUUCGUGAUCGGCCACUCUUUCUCUAGACCACCACCACGAACGAUGACUAAGGAAUGGCAGGAGGCUACGAAUGAAUACUUGAAGAAAGAGAGAUCCAACCCCAUCUAUGGUAUCAGCAGCGAGGGCUACAGUGGAAAAGGUUAUGUACAGAGCAAGGCGGAAAGAAAAGCGUGA